CCACGAACUCUAACUUGUUGCCCACCCCGCCGUCUGAAGAAGCGCGCGGAUUUCACUUCCGGUAGUCUCGUUCUGGCUCUGCCGGCGGUGCCACCAUCUUCUCCCUGGCUGCUCUCUCUAAAGGAUGACCUAGUUGAUCAUGGCUGGUUCCUCGUUUACGUGCCGCCUUUACAGGGAUGGCUUGCAGACACCCUGGGGCUUCAGGCUACAGGGAGGAAAGGAUUUUAACCAGCCCUUAACCGUACAGAGGGUUUUCACGGGAAGUCCGGCGGAGGGGGAGCUCCAGCGAGGUGAUGUUAUCAUCAAAAUCAAUAAUAUUGAUGUCAGCAGUUUGAACCAUAAACAGGCACAGGAUAUAAUCAAGACGCCUGCUGGACAAUUAGUUUUAAAUAUACAACGAGGUCAGACUAGAUUUUCUCCAGUGAAGAGCGUGCAACCAGUACAACAACCCUCCCAAUUUCACCAACCAACACCUUCGGGCUUUCGUUCAGUUCCAUUUGAGGGCAGCAAUCCUGCUCAGAAGUCCUCACUUCCAACGGGGGGCAUGAGGCCUAGCACCAAUUUCGCAGUGGACUACACUGGGCGGGUAGGUUCCCCCACACGCCGACCAGAGCAAACCAUGAUCAACCGUGUGCACGACUCACUCAACGAGGCCAUCUGGGCUCACCAGUCCGGUAAUGACCCGGAGGAUGAUUAUAACUAUGGAUCAGUAGCUGACAGGAAGAAAAACUUCAGCCAAGACACCCCCGAAACUAAAUAUGACAUACAUGUGAAACCCAACGUUUCACAAGCUCAUCGUUACGCUGUGAAUACAAACGUUUCGGCUGGUCAGCGUUUCGAUCAAAAACAUGGCAAACCUACCGUUUCACGCAAUGUUCGUUACGAUGUUGAUGCGAACGUUUCACAGGGGCAUGGUCAAGAUGAAGGGUGUAGGAAAGCCCACGUGUCACAUGAUCAUCAUCAAGAUACUUACCAACCAUUACAUGUUAAAGCUAUCGCUCAUCGUUACGAUGAAGAACAUUAUGUCCCAGACGGGCAACUUUUCGACAACCAGUAUGGCCCUUCUACGACCCUACACGAGGAGCCAUACGAUAGCCAAUAUGGCGCUCCUGCCGCUGCUCAUGGUCAACAAUACGAGCCCAAGCAUCGGUACGAUGUGGACCCUAGUUCUCAAGGUCACCACCAGGGUAGUCGGUACGAUGACUAUCCUGCUACGAAUGAUCGUUACGACCAAGCUGGCCACGAGUAUCGUUACGAACAAGAACCUACUGACCGUCCUUACGAUCAAGAUCCAGAUCGUUAUGAACAUGUCCCUGUGAAAAAUAUUGCUCAUCGGUUCGAUCAGGGCCAGGGUCAAGGUCGCGAUCGUUAUGAUCAGGGUCAAGGUCAUCGUUACGGACAAGGUCACGCCAAACAUAACGUUUCGCAUGAACAUCGUUACGAUGAAGGUCUUGUGAAAUCAAGCGGUUCACAUCAUUAUCGCUUCGACGACGACCAAGCCCACGGACCUUAUGAAUAUCACCCAGUCAAGGACAAUGUGAAAUUUUACCAAGGCCCCAAGAAUAAAUAUGGAGCCCCCGUUGUCCACUCUCCAGGAAGACCGAGCAAAACAGGAAAAGGAUGGCGCCCUCCCCCGCAACUCACUAAAGAAAAACCCGUGGAAUUCGGCUGGAGUCCUUCAAAGCGCAUCCAGCCCGGUUACGUGCCUGGACCUCCCACCAACGAGAGGGCGUACUCACCACCGAGGCCCGCUCCAGCACCAGCGAGGCCCCGUUUCGUAUCUACACAUCACACUUCUGGUGAUGGGUCUGGCCCAGCCUGGAAGGGCACGCUCCAUGGCGCAGGCCAAGACCCCGCACCACCUCUACAGGCACCUGCGUCAAGGUCCGUGCAAUUCUCUCCCCACAAACCAUCCUCCUUGCCGCAUCAAAAACCCAACUACCACCCUGGGCCACCGCAGCAACACCACCAGCCGCACGUGAACCAGCCCCAGCCCCAGCAUGAUGGGCCUAAGGUGGUUCACCUUCAGUACAACUCCCCCAUUGGCUUGUACUCCAAGCAGAACGUUGAUGAGACCUAUACCGGACAAACCCAGGCUCUGCAACAGUCUGGCAUCGGUGGUGGGGAUGGCAAAGACAUGGAUUACACCAAAUCGUACGCCUGGCAGAUGAUCAAGCAAGAGUCUGGCGCGGCACCUGGUGGAGGUACUUCGCACUCUCAAUCGACAACUGAGACGGCCUACCAUGAAAAGCAGUCGAGGUCUUUCAAGGCGCUGGAGGAUUCCGUGGGAGCAUCUGAUUUCUAAUUGAAAUGACACCAUGACACAUAGGGACAUUUCCAAAAGCAUUUCCCAACAUAACUGGACUCUGAAUGUAUUCAUGAUUGGAUUUCAUACAAAUAUUCAAUUCUGAACAAAUCACGCUUGGCCCAUGAUGAGACAGCCAGAAGAUGACAACCAUAGUCUUGAGCCAGGUGCAGACUCCAUCCAGAAUACCAAACAUAGGUCAAGACGCAUGCGCAUUUGUUGUUGCUCUGUUUGACUUCCGGUAGGAUGUUGCUAUGACGAACUACGACAAAUAUAAUGAUUGGUAUUUUGAAUCUGAGGAAAUGACGAUGGUCAAUAGAUGGCGCAUCAUAUGGCGUUGUACAUACACAAUAGAACAUGAAAGGGAAUGUAGGUAGUUAGAACUAUUUAUUAAAGAAAGAUACAUGUUAACGUUGUUAAGAUAUUUUGUCCGGCCAUCUUACGGUCAAUUUUUCGAACUUUAACGCAAGAUGGCCACAUCAGCUGAUGGGCUAGAGUUAACCAUUUAUAAUUAUUGUAACAUAGACACGAUGUAUUAAACUUUCAUUGCCUUAUAUGUGUGGCUGAUUAAGUCUAUUCAAUGGGAUGGUGCUAUAUACAUCAUAAAUAUAAACCAAACUAACUGCCGACAUCGAACAACACCAAGAAGUUUCGAUGCAGCAAUGUUUCUAAUUUUUGCUUGACGUACGUACGCAAGG